GCAGGACCUGGCGGUGCAGGGACGGUGGUUCCCCUUAGCUAUUUUUUCUCUGUCGUGAAGGCGGUGGGAGCAGGCGGAGUGGGCAGCAGCGGCCUCCUGAGCGUAUGCUCUGGCCUAAAACGUGUAAUCAUGACUCUAGCCUGCCAUUGUCAUGAAGUUCCAUUUUCUGUGAUUUUUUUUUUUUCCUCCCAAGGCUAGUGUUUAAAAUGCUUUGCAAAAAUAAGCCGUUGUUGUCAAGUUUCCCUCUAGGAAUAAAAUGGAAGGCGAGUCGAGCAGAUGGGAGAUCCGCACUCCAGUUUUUGACAAGAAAAAGAAGAAGUAUUCUGUAGAUAAGGAGAGACACAGGACGCAUGCCCAGGAAGGUUUCAGAGACGUCCCCCCAGCAAGCGAACAGUCUCACAAAACGAAAAAAAAGAGAAAGGACCGCCAGCAUUUGGCCUCGUCUGCUUGGAAAGCACCAGAGCUCCUUGAGGAGCCCGAAAAGGCCGCUUCUGCAGCCAGAAGGCGGAGGAGCAGCGCCCCGGGGUUACAGGACGAGGCGGGCGUGUGCAUCCUGGUGGACAAGGCGAACAUCGAGAACACGUCGAAGAGCCGUAGGAGGAAUGUUGACAUCGUUUAUGUUGACAUGAGCAAGGAACAGGAGGCAGCCAGAGCGCCCGGAGCCGCUGAGCCGCGUGCAGUUUCUAAGCGACAUGAAGAUGAGUCGGAAGAAUCACGCAGAAAAGUGAGGGAGGAAAGGAAAAAGCGUAGGCGGGAAGCUGCGCCCUGCGAUGCGGGGCUGGGAGGCCUGGGCUCCGGUGCCAGGGCCCUGUCCCAGCCCGAGUCCCUGCUCUCUGUGGGCCUCGAAGGCGCGGUCACACAGCUGCCAGGGGCUGCUCAGAAAAAGCCUAAGAAAAGAAAGAGAAAGAUUUCACGUAGCCAGGAAUCUGAGGGUCCCGAGCCUGGGACCUCGGAGGGCUCGCAAGUGGUCCCAGGUGCGGGGCCUGCAGAGGGCUGGGAAGAGCCCUGCAGGUUAAAGAAAAGGGCUAAGAAAAAGAGGCGGAGGUCUUCUGCUGAAAGCGCCCCAGCUUCCGGCGGUGGGCUCUCGGGGUGCCCCACGAGCUUCAGGGACCCGCUCCUCGACUCACUGGAAGGCACCGGCUCCUCGAUUGAGGAGAGCAUGACACCCCGGCCGCGAGAGGAGCCAACCCAGGAGUGUCCGCAAGAGGUGCAGAGGUUAGGACCUGCAGAUGAAGAAAACAGCGUGGAAUGGGCUAGAGAUUCUGAAGCUCGGCAUUUGUCUGAAGACUCGGAGGGUGCAGACGUGGACCUGGCGUCUGCCGUGCGGCAGCUCCGGGAGUUCAUCCCCGGCAUCGGGGAGAGGGCGGCCACCACGAUUAAGCGCAUGUACCGGGAUGACUUGGGACGGUUCAAGGAGUUCAAAGCGCAGGGUGUCGCCAUUAAAUUUGGCAAGUUUUCUGCAAAGGAAAAUCAGCAGUUAGAAAAAAACGUGCAAGAAUUUCUGUCCCUGACUGGAAUUGAGAAUGCGGACAAGCUGCUGUACACAGACAGGUACCCAGAGGAGAAGGCCGCCAUCACCGACCUCAAGAGAAAAUACGCAUUUAGACUGCACAUUGGUAAGGGCAUCGCCCGGCCCUGGAAACUCGUGUACUACCGAGCCAAGAAGAUGUUCGAUGUCAAUAAUUACAAAGGCAGGUACAGCAAAGGGGAUAUGGAGAAGUUAAAAAUAUACCACUCCCUCCAUGGCAAUGACUGGAAAAAGAUUGGGGACUUGGUGGCUCGAAGCAGCCUCUCCGUUGCCCUGAAGUUCUCCCAGAUCAGCAGUGAAAGAAAUCAUGGCGCUUGGAGUAAGACGGAAACCCAGAAACUAAUCAAGGCUGUUGAAGAAGUGAUUCUAAAGAAAAUGUCUCCCCAGGAUUUAAAAGAGGUAGAUUCUAAACUCCAAGAAAAUCCUGAGGGCCGCCUGUCAAUUGUUCGGGAAAAACUCUACAAGGGCAUAUCUUGGGUAGAAGUCGAAGCCAAAGUAGAAACCAGAAACUGGAUGCAGUGUAAAAGUAAGUGGACGGAGAUUCUCACCAAGAGGAUGACGAAUGGCCGGGACGUGUACCGCGGAGUGAACGCCCUGCAGGCCAAAAUCAACCUGAUCGAGAGGUUGUAUGAAAUAAAUGUGGAGGAUGCUAAUGAAAUAGACUGGGAAGAUCUGGCUGGUACCAUAGGGGAUGUUCCUCCGUCUUAUGUUCAAACUAAAUUUUAUAAGCUGAAAGCGACCUGUGUUCCCUUCUGGCAGAAGAAGACUUUCCCAGAGAUUAUCGACUACCUUCAUGAGACGAGCCUGCCUCUGCUCAGAGAGAAGCUGGAGAAGAAGAUGGAGAGAGGCCGCGCGAGGCUGCAGACGCCUGCGGCGCCCAGGCGCGCCUUCCUGUUCAGGGACAUCUUCUACUGCGACAGAGACAGCGAGGACGACGACGACGGGAGUGGGCCGAGUUAGGGGCAAGGUGCUGCGUGUCCAUUCUCUGGCUUGGUUGUAUUUCUAUACAUGUGUCGGUAAAGCUGUUUUUAGUGUUGUUGGCUAGUAAAGAAGAUGCGGUGGCCGAAGGGCGGGCACAAAAGUGACGGCCUGUGCUGUGGAGCCGAGUCUGUCUGCAUGUGAAGAGCAGGAGCAGGGUGUGAUUUAACACCUGUCACGUUGGAGACAGUCGCAUCGGACGGCUUCUGUGCGACCACAGAACCCCAGGCCCCCGUGCAGCAGAGGGUUCAUGUCCCGUAAACAUUUCACUGUGUGGAUUCAGCUCUGCAUGGAUUCAACUCUUCGUGCAUUCAGCCAUGCGUGGAUCCGACUGUUCGUGCACCGGCAGAACGAGGGCAUCACCGGCUCAGUGUGCACACGGUUUGCUUCCUGCCGCUCACUUGUUUAUGUGUCUAAGGAGAUGAGUGUCAGUGGGAAGUCGUGGGCGUGCCAUUUCCUCAUGCAGGUUUCAGUUCCCGUGCACCUGUCACAGGGUGCUCAGCCUGCCUUCCUGAGUGUGUCCCAGUGUUUAAAGAUGUGUAUUUUCCGGACAUGAUGCCCCCUCAGAGCCAGUCACUGGAUUCACCUGGUGUCCAGCUGCAGGGAAAAGCUCAGUACUCUUCCAUUGCUUCCAGAAACACUGGCUCCAUUGGACACGGAAAGAUGCCAGGUGGGUGUCAGGCACACUCAAGCCUGCUGGAAUUUCAGGGGCUACUCCAGCAGUCGGGAAGCAAAAGCACCUCAGACAUUUCAGAUAGGAUUUCAUAUUGGGAUCUAGGCUGCAAAAUUGUUAAGCAGGAUGGAGGAGUACACGGGGAGAUGGAAUCACCCAGUGAUGGGCACCUGAGGGGAAGCCACUGCGGCCUAGUGUGCCCCGGCUCCUCCACAGCUCUGCCCCUCCCUGCCACUCAGCCUUAGCAGGAACCUGUCUCCCUGGCGCACAUGGCUCCUGCCACCUCCUGCCUUUCAGUUUCUCACAAGUGUCCCGAUGGGCAGCCCUGGGCAGGACCCAGCUGGUGGAGGAAGUAAAGUCUCCCGCCUUCUGGCCACAUCUGUACCAGCGGCUCCCAGGCAGGAGCAUGUGGUAAACAGUGUCCCAUCACGGUGGUGGCGCCGUCUGUGCCGAGUGCUCUCUCUGACGUCACCUGUUACGUCAUGAUGUGAUGUGGCUCGUUCAUCUGCAGAGCUAGAUGCUUCCCAAACCUGCCGUCGCCAGAGAAGGAAGAAUGCAACAAGCCAGUUCCAGGUCCUGGGUCACCCGCGUGUCCCCAGCACCCACAUAGUGCUGUGCAUACAGUACACACUCAGUAAACGUUCAGCAGACAAACGAAUAUUUUUUUUAGAAAGCAUUCAGCCUCGGUCACCUCCUCCCUCAAACAGCUUCCAUGCUGGUGGGGAUGUAAAUUGUAUGCUCCUUGUGGAGGACGGUGGGUAAGACAGCUGGUCCGUAAGAAUGUACGUGUUUUACGGCCCCACAGUCCCACGGCCCCACGGGGCCUGAAGCGAUGGUGGAAGCAGUGCACUGGAACAGCACACAUCAUGUACAUAGGGAAACACGAGUGCUCCUUAGUAGGAAACUCGGUAAGCAACUGUCCUUCCUACAGUGGACUAUCAUGCGGUGUUAAAUGCUGGCAGAUUCAGUUAACAUAAGAGUUUACAUAUUUUCUCAGUUUUGUAAAAGUAAAAAGAAUAAAGGAGAUUGUGUAUAUAUAGAUACAUUAAAACGUGUGGAAAGAA